UAUGGCGAAUAACAGCUGAUUUUAACGAUUAAACUGUGAUUUUAACGCUGAUUCGUAUCAGAAUAGACCAUUGGAGAUAUUUUCCACCUUCUUAUGUCAAAGUAGUAUAUUUACAUGGGCAAUUACGUAAUUUAUAAACGAUUUAGGUGAUUAGAAAGGAACUAUUUUCACCUCAAAUUGAUCAUCAACCUCCAUUAUAAGUAAUAAUAAGCUAAGAUUUUCAUUAUAAGCUGCAGUCUCCCUGUUAGAGGGUUUCCUCCGGUUUGACGCAUCGCCCCCUCUUUACCUUGCGCCUUUGUAUCGCCACCUUAUAGCCAUCUGAAAAAACCGGGGAUCCUCCUCACUGAAAGACAUUAAGAAGCCAAACCUGUUCAGAAACAACCUCUAUACGCAAUCUCGCCAUCCCACCCACUUCUCCUGGGCUCACAUCUUUAAAGCCCACACUUCUGGGCUCUGAUCAGAUGCAGAGAGCCACAGUCUGCCUCACCCUCCUCCCUCUGCGUUUCCACCAAUCUGUGCGUCGAGAGGUCCACCCCAACCCCUGAACCUGAAUCUACCCGCCCUGCUGGCAUAUAAAUACGACUUUAAUCACAACGGCACUUCUUGGUCGUCAGAAACGCUCAGGGUUGCAGCAGAACAUCCCCCUUCGUCUUAUCCCAUUCAUCGUUUCUCUGUUUUAUAACAAAAACAUCAUCCAUUUUCACUCUCCCCCCACUUUUUUCCGAGCUGUAGUGGUUUUUGCGGCCAGUUGCAUGCAUUUUUCGUCUCCCAAAAUGGUUUGCGAGACUAAAAUUGUUGCGGACGAACAUGAUGCUAUACCUGGGACCAAAAAAGAGUCGAUGAUGUGGAGCACUGUGCCGGCCAGCGCGGCUCUGAACCCCGCAGAGGCGAGGGAUGUGAGGAAAGAUGUGGUUUAUAUCCGCGAGUUCGAGUGCGGGGAUCAUGAGGAGGUGCGGCGCAUCUUUUACGAGGGUAUUAUGGAGAGGAUACCCAACACGGCGUUUAGGGGGCUCAGGCAGCAUCCCAAGACCCAGUUUUUAUAUGCUCUUCUGACAGGUUCCUGUUUCUGGGUGGCAAUGCUUGACGGACGUGUGGUUGGGAUCGUGGCAGCGCAAGGCCGCGAGGACGACAACUCGGUGGAGCUGCGGCGCAUGUCGGUGGACUCUCGUUACCGCGGCAAAGGCAUCGCAAAGGUACUGGGUCGGCGCGUUCUGGAGUUCGCCGUGCGCAACAACUACGCCGCUGUGGUCCUCGGCACGACGGCUGUAAAGUUGGCCGCCCACAAGCUGUACGAGUCGCUGGGCUUCCGCCGAAUGGACCAGAGCAAGGACUACCGGCUGCCCGGGAUGAGGCGCACGCCGCUGGAGAGGCUCUUCUUCCAGAUCCGCCACAGCCGCUACCGCUUGCAGCUCCGUGAGGAGUGAGAGGUGACAGAGAGGGAGGGAGAGAUGGAGAAGACAGGGACAGAGAGAGCGACGACCCUCCACCCGAGAGCCCAGACAGCAUCCUCUCCUCUGACAGCUUUUAUUUAUUUUGUGUCAUUAGAGAUAACGCCGAGUACAACUUAACACUAUUUCAUCUUUAAAGUCACUAACGUUUUCAUUCCUAUUAUGCUUUUUUUUUUGCUGUUGUUUUUGUUUUAUACUUUUACAUUUUAAAUAAGAGUUUGUUUUUUCCCUCUAUUUUAUUAAGAUAUUUUUUUGUACCUUUGCCCCUCCCCUUUACACUGUGGGAGAAAAGGCUUUUUAUAGAAGACGUCUUAACUGGCACCCUCCCCUGCCCCUUUGGUUUAAAGAUGAUGUGAUCAAUGCUCCCCUUCAUUAGACUCCACGAUGCCCUCUCUACCCCUCCCCUAUACCUCAAGCCUUCCCUCCCCUCCCACACUCUCUCUACAGCAAAAUCCAACAGAUGGGUUUGGCACAGGAAAGUGCAGUGAGACAUUUGUGUCAUUGGGGGUGGACAAAGCAAUGGAUUUGGUUGGGAGGGGCAGAUAUGGCUUCCUCGAGAGCAAAACAAACACACCAAAAAGUGUUUGGGGAGCUUGUGGAUCGCACUCUUUCCAAAAGCUCUUCAAUGUUACAUUGUGUGCUCUGUGGAUAUAAAGCAAGUCAUUUGGCUUGCAGCCAGCCGCUCAAGACGCCAUAUUGAAGCACAGCAAGUGUGUUACUGACCCCCACAGUGAGAGAGAAGGAUGGCAGGAUGGUUACCGGAACAUGCACCCAAUGCAGUGCAUCUUCCCCACACACUCCUCCUCUUCCUCCUCUUCCUCACUGAUUUAAUUAGAUCCCUCCCUUCUUUGUUUUAUUAAUCCCUGCGUUUCUCACUGGAGCUGUGGAGAGGCUCUCUGAUUGGUCGAGGUGAAAGGAGGUGUGGAACAGAUCCCAUGAUACAGUAUAUCUGCAAGUCAGAGCUUGUGUGUGUGUGUGUGUGUGUGUGUGUGUAAGUGUGAGAGAGUGUGUGUGUGUGUGUGUGUGUGUAAGUUUGAGAGUGUGUGACUGUGUGUGUGUUUGAUGAGGCUAUGGUCAGACAUAACGCCAUGCCUAAACAGCGUAUGAUGAAUUAACCUAUUUUUUUCGCGUGAACAGACACGCACCUUUCUUGCUAUGAGUCAAGUAUUAUCAAAGUAACUACUUUCUAUGUGUAUUUAUAAACUGUUCACUUAUAGAAGAAAGAUACAUUCUAACAUUUUGAAUAUGUUUAGUAUCUGACUAAUCAUUAGUAAUUUUCUAACACAUAUUACCACAUUGUAAUAUGCUAAUUUUACCGUCAAAACUACGACAAUUACAGAGUAGCUGCGCUCCACAGAUUAAUCCAGGUUUUUAGGGAACAACUUGGGUAACACAUGACUACUAGCAAUACUUGCAAACCUGUAACUGAGCACAAACAGCAAAUAACUAUCUAAUGUAUUAGCAUCCCCACUUCCUCAUGUAUUUAUAUUGUGGAGACUCAUGUAGCGAACAAAACGUCCCCCAUAACACCUCUCUCCAUCUCCAUCUCCUUCCUCUAAGCAUAACAACCAGCAGUAGAUUCAGCCAUCCACGACUCUGAGCCUAAGUUACGUCGUCAUACCAUUUGUAAAAAGUAAAACAUAAAUCAAAAAUGGAAAAAAAAAUCAAAUAAGUUGAAAAAAGGAAAGAAAAAAAUUGAAUACAAAUGUAAUCGUCAUGAAUCCCUCCUCGCCUUGCCACCCCUCCCCCCUAAACUCCCCGACCUCCCAUAUAUGGAUCUGUCUGCAACCCUGGGCUAGACCCUAAACCUUCCAUCUGAACCCUCCUCUGACCUUUGACCCUAGCUUGCCCCAGGCCACGCCCAUUUCCUGCCCAUCUCUGCAUGCGCCACAGAGCCUUGCUGCACUGCUUUUAUUACUCCAUUUGAAGCUUGUGGGACAAAACCUUAGACCCCGCCCCUUACUCUGAUGUCAUCCAGGAAGUGUGACGAUCAGGCUGGUGCCAGGUUGCAAUGCUUGUACUGUAUGGGUGGGAUGCAGAGAGAUCAAAUGUGUGUGUGUGUGUGUGUUCAGAUACAUUCACCGACUGCAGCACUGUCUGGAUGACAUCACGCCUGCCAGCCAACCAACUGUAGAAUGCAAAGCAAUGCAAGUGUGGCAUGCCUCUGUACCUGGUGUGUGUGUACGGUGCCUGCCCUGGAAGAGUGUAGAGAAACAUUUAUAAACAAUAUAUAAAUAUAAAUAUAUAUAUAAAAAGAAAAUAAGCUUCUUUUUUUAAAUGAACAUAUAAAGAAAUGUGUUUUUCUUUGUCUGUUUGAAAAAAAGAACAAUUGUAUCAUUUGCAUGAAAUGUGUAUUUGAAUGCAAAAAUAACUUUUAGAGGAGAAACUCUUAGCACAUGGCAUACAGUGGAACCAUAGACUUGUCAUUUUGUUUUUGUUUUAGAGUAUUUUAUUUCAUUUGGGUCUAUGGGAGGGAAAUUAAUACUAGCCAUGAGCCAGUGCACAUAAAUCUUUAGGAGCGUAACGUCUAACUUAGAAUGCUGCUCGAUAUUCAGAUGUAAUCGUCACUGGCUGGAGGACUAAAAAGUGAGUUUCCUAUCUUUAUCUCAGUGGGAAAGAGGGGCAUAAGACUGAAGAGCAACCAGCUUGUGGUAAGGGUCGUCAAUGGGCAUUACAGAUGAUGAAAGAAGAGUGUUUCCAUGCAGUACAUAGUGCAACAUCCUUUCAUCCACUAAGUCCUUUGCCAAGUUUAUCAUAUGCAGAUGAAAGAAACGCGCAGCAGGAUACCGUUAGAACUUGCAGUGAGGGUGACAUGUUGAGACUUUGCUACAGGUGGAAGCUGUUCCCUGUCAAACGUGUCCUCAAACGCCACAUUGAACCUCGAACUGUGUCAGCAAAAUGAAUACCUUAUGUCGCAUCUAACUUCGGAAGAAACUUUCCAUAAUAUUGUUUUUCUACAAAAAGGCAUUAUUCCACAAACGGACAGAAGUUGACCUUGAAAAUGAUAUAUGUCCCAUGGCACUAAGUCUUAUUCCCCUUCGUUUCCUUUAUUUAAAGCCAUGUGUUGAAGCCACUUCUAGAGGAGUUUUAGCGACUGACAAGCUUUCUCUUUCAACCUUAGAUUUUUCUAGGAAAUUCUACAAAGUUAAACACAAGGCACAAACGGUACUGUUUUCAAAAAUACGUCAGAUCUUUUUAACACGUGGAGGAGGCCUCACACCACCUUGAUACAUCUGCUUUGAACUUGGUUGUUGCUGGAGAGUUGAAAGAGGAUAUUUUGCGACAAAAUAGGAGCAACAGCUAGCACUGGCCUUCAGAAGUACUUACAAAAGUCUUAAUGAGGCAGGAAGCAGAGGCACACUUGACUUUUUCCAGCUUGUUUUAAGAUAAUUAGAAUACAGAGCAGACAUUGAACCAUUUGAGCAAAGCUGAUCUCUCAGUUCUGAAAUAUAGGCGCCAGUGGGGCUGGGGAUUUGGAUUGCAGAUAUAUUUUAUGUUAGUUAUCGCUGUGUUAAGGUUGUUACUGUACGACCUGGGUUAGGUAUAAAGGAUGAGAGGGAAAAUAAUCUGUGGUUUCGAUCAUGUGGAAGAAUGUGAAGUCUGUCAAUUCUGAGCCAUUUCUGCUGCUGCCAAUCUCAGUUCUUUGCCUGAUGACAUUUAAAAUACUCCAUGUAUCUUUUGGGGAAGUGGUUAUCCAUACUGGUACAUAUACUGAACAAAAGUAAUAUCAUUUAAAUGGCCUAUGCCAAGGCUUUAUGCACUGGAAUCAAAACGCUGGAGUUCAAAUACCUUGUUGACUGCAUGGCUCGUAAAGGGGAGAUUUUAAUUGUAAAGAUUAAGUGCACUGACUAUAAUGCAUUUAUUUCUAGCAAUGUCUGUUUUCUACUUCAUGUGAAGUCUCACCUCCCAUUUAAAACCGCUACUUAACAUUAGCAUUUAGUAAUUAAACUGUAUGCAACUUCUACCGGAGUAUAUGUUUAGUUACAAACCAUUCCUCUGCUGAUGUACAAUCCAAAAAACAAUCUCACAUUUGUUUGUAUUUUGGUUUUCUCUGUUUGUUUGAAAGCAAGUGUCCUAUGGAGGUUUGAGAAAGUAUGCUGGAGUAGGCUUUUUAGUUUCGAGUGCUUUAGAAUCCAAAAAACGAUGCUCUGUUUCUGACCGCACCAGCUGAAGGCUACUGAAGCCAAAGCUUAACUUUAGCAGUUUUAAAAACCCUGGUCAUUCAAAUCUGGCCGUAAAAAUAUCAGUAUGCCACGAUCAACAUCCCGUUUACCAACAGUUGAAGGAGCAUAGUCAAAAAUGCACAAAUGUACAGAUCCUGUGGGUGUGUUGUGUUACUCAGAUGAUGUGUGUCAAUGGGGGGGG